AUGUUUUCCACAGACACUUCGCGGAGUCAGUCGCUGCGUCCCAAGAGAACACGUCAGGCAGCAGGCACAGACGACUCUCUCAAAUUACCUCAGGCGAAACGAAAACGAUCUGCCUUGCGACGAGACACCUUCGAACCCCUGACUGAAUCGAGCAUCGGUGAUGGGGCAGGAAGAGAGGUGGUUGAUGGCAAGAGCAAUGGAACCGCAGUUCCAGCUGCGCCGACAAAAGAAUUGACUUUGCGAGGAACCAAAAAGGCAGAAAAGCGCGCCGACCGAGCUACCAGCACCAAUGCUGGCUUGACACUAUCUAAGAACGACUUCUAUACCGUCGCCCAGCUUCCUGCCCUCCCCGACCAGAUACGAAAUCGACCGACCAUCCAAUACUCCUGUGUCAUUUCCCCCGAAUACGGUUACGCGUUGGCAUUGACACAUACCGACGCCAUUAUUUGGCCCUACAAUUCGACGGCAUCAACGCCACAGUCUCGAGAUGUCAUCACCUUCAAACUGCCCUUCCCUCCCGCCUCCGUUGGCGAACCCCUACCACAUGCAACGUUUACCGCAAAAUCUGCGAACGGCGAGCCCGGAAUCGUGGCAGUAUCUGCAAAAUGGGGCAAAGUGGUGUACUGGGAAACCUUGUCUCAUGCUUCCUCUUUCAUACCUGGGCAAGUUUCAAGUGUCCAGGGUUCAAUCCCAGGAAUGAUGAGUGACGAGAUUGUUGAAGAAAUGGUCAAUGCAGAGCCCUCGGGAUUUAUCCUUUCCCUCCGCCGUGGCCGCGUGGCUCACUUGACAAUACGCGAUCAAAUGGGACGACCUGGGAUUGGCGUGCAAUUCUUGCGCAAGGACACAAAUGCCAUAGGGGGUAUCUUUGGGAGCAUCAGAAAUGCCUUUGGUGCGGAUCGACGGAGAGGAACACCUGUCGUCAAAGCUGGAGGCUCGAGCAAGGGGCAGCGCGAUGUGGUCAUCGUGACUGAGGAUGCUGAGCUGGAAUUCUGGAAAACGACUCUGGCUGCCGGCAACACUCUCAAGAACUCAUUCAGCUUCAAGGACGAAAUCCUGGAUGCACUAAAAUCAACACAACCUGAUAUAACGCAAUGCAAGGUUCUGGACGUUGAGCUCUCGGUCGGACCGAGUACAGCCCUCAGCGCAGAAGACACCCAUGUCGGGCCAAUGAUGGUACUUGUUGCCAGCUCGACGGAAGCGGAAACCAGAUAUCACAUCAUCGAGAUGAUUGUCAAUCAAGGAGCGAAGGUCAAAGUGGUGCACCCUGUCACAUGCUAUUCUUCUUCGGCGUCAAAAUCCAGCCACUGGAGGCCGCGACUGUGCGUGUCGAAAUCCCAGCCCGUGGCGUUCAUUAUCUUUGAGACUGCAAUUGUGCUGUUCUCGCUGGCCAGGAUCCGAGAAUCUCCAUCCUCUCAGUUGCUGAUGGAACGCCAAGCACUGCCUGAACCGUUUCAAGAUUGCAUCCGAUUCCAAGAGUCCACUAUCUAUGAGGUUCUUGGCUUCGCGCUUGAAACGACGGAGAAACAGUCAUCUAUUGUUUUUGGAGUGCAGGGUUUUGGUAUUGUGAAAUUGACUUCCCAUCUUCGCGACGAUGAGGAAGUUGAUGUUGAUGAAGCUGAAGAACGAGGUCGAAUAACGGCAAAGAGCAAAAUAGAACAAGCCGUGUUCUUUGGUACCAUCAAACAAAAUCCUCUGGACCUCAAGCACGCCAACCAAACGUUCCCACCCGAGGAAAUUCAAGCAGCCGCUCUGGAGAUCAGCUUGGAGAUAUUAUCUUCCUCGUCCAAACACCUCCCAAAGUCCGCGCCCUCGAUUGACAUGCAAAUGCGGCUUCGCGCCAAAGCUCUUGACGAUCUGGCCGAACAUGUAAUCAACCACUACCCUUCUGCGGUGUCUCGAUUGACGCGUUUCGAGUUGCUACUGAACGCAGAAAAGCUCGCCGCUGCCCAAGCGAUAUGGAAGGUUCAGGAAGAGAUCCAACGAAAAUAUCCCCAAGCCGAUCGCGAGAUGUCGUACUUGGAUUUUACCCUUCGAGCCUUGCAUGAAUCUCGGCAAAAAUACCCCGACCCUGAGAGAGGAGAGAAAGACCGGGUAAGACAUUGGCUUGUGAACAGCGUUAAGAACGUCGGCCAUCUUAUGUCUGAGUUGGUGAGCUGCAUCCCGGAACUUGAACCGAUGGAUGUAACAGACCCAAGAGUGGUUGCCGAUUACUUCAAAGAAGCUAUUGACCUCUGGAUCGCAUCAUACUCCGCCGCCUUCAAAUUCCGUGAGGACAAUGCUCCUCUUUACGGACUCGGAGAUGAGGUCUUCGAAAACGGAGUACUUGUGUCGGGGUUUCCUAUCGAGCUCUCUCAUCCUUGGACCUCAAGUCCGGAGCCGUUGCGGUUCGGCCAGCGCCUGAUAUAUGACAUUUGCAAGUUCUUGAACGAAUGGUGGGAUUUCGCGCACGGAAGAAACAAGAAGAAGAAAAUGCCAACGGACCUAGACGGAAAGCCGCACGAGGCACCCAGCAGAUUGGCCCUCCAGGAAUUGGCCAGUCGUCUACCGACAGAACUCGAACUAUUUUCGCGACUAGUGCGGGAGGAGGUCAUUCAAACAAGAUGCCAUCUCAAAGCCGAAGAAAAGGAUCCCGAAGCGUUGAAGGACGAGCUCAACAACCUCGAGGGUGAAGAGCAGGACAGACUGGGCCAGGCGAUACAAGCUAUUUCGUUGUUCAAUAUGCCUGGUGCGAUCCAGCUAGCGGAAAAGUUGAAAUAUUACGGAGAUCUUGUGACCCUGCAUUUGAACUAUUAUAAGCAACUGGUGGCUGAAGCUCAAGCUGACCCAAGUCUUGUCGAGGAUAAUCAGCGCAAGCUCGAGGAGAUGCAAGAGAAAGCCGAGUCUUACUAUGGAAAGUUUGGCAAAGGAUGGGCUUUCGCCGCUUUCAGUCAGAUGCUCAUCGACGGUGAAUGUGGAAGUCUUCUGGUCAAGGGCCAAGAGGACACGGAGAAGGAAAAAUUCCUCACGUGGUUCUUUCAGAUCGCUCCGAAGGCUCACCAACAUCUCGGCAAACUCAGCUGGAUCCACGAUGUGAUUUCUUGCGACGAUUACCACCGAGCUGCAAGGACACUCGAGGAUGUGGCUGGCGAAGAGACCAGUAAUGUUUGGAACAAAAAGACCGAGCUGGCACUCGGAAAGCUAGCCAGCCUGGCUGCAGAGGAAGAUAGCGGCAAGCACAGAGAUUUGAAAGCAUACGAUGAUGCUCUCUCGAUGAUCGCCAUUCAGGAGCAAGUCUAUAGCCACGUCAUGGCAUCGGUUGGUGCAGCUCUCGAUGAGAAAGCCGCGAUCGAUCUUGCUGGGGACACGUUUGCUUCUCGAAUAGUGACGAAGAGCCCCGCCUUGAGAAGAGAGCUGAAGCAGCUCUUGAAGUCGCUGAUACGCCAGACGCCCUUGAGCGCAGAAGAACUGGUCAGUCUGUUGACAUUGAUGGAUCCGGUUGAAUGGAGUGGACCUCCUGAAGAGGAUCCUGAAGUCGAGGGCCAGGAGUUUAUUCUCGCCCUGAAUGUUGUGGAUGAAUCCCGCUUGCCCGCUCCAAAGAGGGAUGAUCUUCGAGCGCUUAUCUGGAGAAGAGCGAUGAUUCGCGAUGACUGGCUUGUUUUGAACGAGACCGGUGGGAAAGAUGAUCAACGAGUGGCCGAAGAGAUGCAACAGUCCAGCCUAUUCCGCAUUCUGGAGCAUACCUUCCUGUUGGAACAGGUCGAGGGAACUCCGAUUCAGUUGUUCUCCCCCAGCGACCUUUUACGCCGUGAAGUGUUCCCUGUCAGCCUCCAGGAUAGGCUGGCCGAAAACGAAGUGGAGGGUCUCCGAAAGGACAUGGAAAAGGAACAAGCGAAGCUCAAGAGUUUUGUGGAGAAGGGACGAUUGGAAGAUCAUUAUGGUGGGCUGGUCACUUCUGCGCAAAGGAUUGCGAGGGAUAUUCUGGAUGAACAGGGCGAACAAUUGGCGGACCAGGUCGUAUAA